AUUCAUUCUUUUUGUGUGCAGAGUAUUUCCUGAAACCAUGAAGAGAAAUUUCCCUGAGAAUUCGAGCCGGACCACAGCAGGCUGCCUUCCUGUCCCGUUGUUCAACCAGAGAAAAAGGUCCCGGCAGCCGCUCACAUCCAACCCACUUCAAAACGAGCUCGGUUCCAACAACAAUGCCGAUAAUUUCGAUUUUUCCGCCAUGCUGGCAGAUUUUGGAUGGGAAAGCACCAAGCCGGAACCGACUCCGUUGCAGAAAACCACAAGAUGUGAAAAUGCCCCAAAGUCGAGUGCGUCACAGGCAGGGCGGAACUGGAGGCCGGAGGAGAACAGCUCCAGCGCAAACUUUUGGAAACGGAGCGACUUUUCUCCGGCUUUUGGGAGAGGAACAGAAAGCAGGCAGAGUUCGUGGCCCGAGACCAAGUCAGGUUGCUGGAAGGGAAGUGGACCAAAACAGCUCAAGCUGGCUGGGAAUCCCAAGGCUUUGCCCCAAAGCAGCAACAAGGCAGGACCGGUGGCCAAAAGUGGUUCGUCCGCAUCCUCCGUGCCGAGAGGUGCACCGUACUCCUUUAAGCCCAACCCUUGCCGACAGGAAGCAAUUGAGAAAACAGACAAGCCCAUGCUUCCAGAUGACAACACUGCGCAGAAAGGGCCGGGGCCUUACGCCAAGCUGAAAGAAAAAGGCACCUCUCUGAGAAUCCUCUCUGCCGUCAUCGAAAGUAUGAAGCACUGGAGCCAGUUUGCUGAAAAAACCCCACUGCUCUUUGAGGUUUUGGGUGUCCUGGAUUCUGCGGUUACCCCUGGGCCAUAUGGUGCAAAGAAUUUCCUUUUGCGUGAUGGGAAGGAGAGCGUGCCGUGCGUCUUCUAUGAAAUUGAUCGGGACCUCCCGAGGCUGAUCCGGGGCCGGGUCCACCGCUGCAUGGGGAACUACGACGCCAAGAGGAAGCUCCUGCGCUGCGUCUCGGUGCGCCCGGCCACCGCGGACGAGGAGCACACUUUCCAGGACUUUGUCCAUGCCGCGGACCUCGAGAUGGGCAAAUACGAGAAAAUGAGCCGCGAAGUGUAGGCGGCUCAAACGCCCGAAGUUGUUCCAGCAACACGAAUUGAAACGACCACCCAAGACUUCCUGUUAGCAUCCUUGUUAUGUGCUACCUUAAAAAUAAACUAAUC